ACAAAACACAUCGAAGACUUUACGCGUCAAAACACCCAAAACGCAACGAUGGCAACCUCGUACGGCUACGGCGGCUCCUACACUACAACCUCAUAUGGCGCUCAAGGAGGGGCAGAAGGAGGCGGGUUUAUGGGUGGUGGCUCCCAGGCUGGAAGCCAAGAUACUCCAGGAGGAUCAAAGACAUACGGCAAAGACACUCUCCGACCUGUAACAAUCAAACAAAUAAUCGACGCUCAACAGCCCCACCCCGACGCAGAAUUCAAAGUCGAUGGCCAUGAGAUGACCCAGAUCACCUUCGUCGGCCAAGUACGCGCGAUCUCCGUUCAAGCCACAAACCAGACCUUCAAGCUCGACGAUGGCACCGGCCUCAUCGAAGUCAAGGUCUGGCUGGACGUCGAUGCCGGCCCUUCGCCCACCAUCUCCUCCAUCAAGGAAAACACGUACGUGCGCGUCCUCGGACGCCUCAAGGCCUUCAACAACAAGAAGCACGUCGCGGCACACGUUGUCCGCCCCGUCACAGACUUCAACGAGAUUAACGCCCACCUUCUCGAGGCGACGUACGUACACUUGUACUUCUCGCGCGGACCGCCCGAGUCGCUCCAGGCGGGUGGUGGUGCGGAUGGGGGAGCUGGCGGUGGGCUGUUUGUCGAUCAAGGGGAUGGGGCUGGCCGUGCGGCGCCGGCGGCGCCUGGAGGCAGGCAAUUGCCGCAGUUGAGCGCUGUAGCGAAGAAGGUGUUUAACCUGCUCAGCACGGCACCACAGAAUAACGAGGGCCUGAACGUGCAGUAUAUCAGCGCGAACCUUGGCUUGCCUAUGAACGAGGUGUUCAAGGCUGGAGAUGAGCUGCUGGGGUUGAACAUUAUUUACCCCACUAUGGAUGACGAGACGUGGAUGGUUAUGGAGUAUUAGACGGAAGUGUUAUGUGGCAAUGGAAGGGCAAGGCUCAUGGCUAUGUUUUGGGCGGUGGGGAAGUGGCUAAUGGCGUUUCUGGAUGAUGAAAUACUGUUAAGUGUGUCGUGUGCAAAUAUCACCGUUACCUUCUCAUGAAUGAGCGGCGUGUAUCUAGAUUACACUAAGUAUGAGCAAAAUGCAACGAGCGGAGCUCGACGAGCUAAAUCAAAUACAAAUCCCCAAAAACACAAUUUUUUUUAAUCUCAUCCAAGG